AUGAUCCACUCGAGUGUCAGAUUUGCUUUCGUGGCUUUCUCGGUACUGGAUAGCCUCCGGGAUCACUUCGAGAGCUCCCAUCCCGAAAAGCAGGCUAACUAUCUUGGCUAUAUCUUUCGGUACUGGGACAACUACAGAUAUACUUGUACCGUGAAGGACUGCGAGUGGACCUUCAAGCGAUACGUCUACUAUAUUUAUCAUAUGGAGAAGUUUCAUCCUGGUGUAUCUCUUGGUGAGCGUGAGACUGAGUACUAG